GCAACAUGGCGAAUUACGGCGGCGUACUCCGGCGAUCCGCCGCCGUCGUCGAGCGAGCCCGCGACGGCGCCCGCCGCACCCGCAAGGCCCUGGCCCGCUUCGCCCGGCCCCAGUCCUUCGCGGCGCCGCCCGACGCCGAGGCGGCCGCUGUUCGCGCCGUCCGUAACCUUCGCUCCUUCCGCCUCCAUUACGCCAUCCUCCUCUGGGUCCUCCUCCUCGCCUCCCUCUUCCCCCGCCGCCGCGCCACCAUGCUCUUCCUCAUGGCCUCCUCCAAGAUCGCCCUCUUCUGCGGCGCCCUCCUCAAGGCCUUCCCCAACUCCGCCCUCCUCUGCCGGAUCGUGGACCGCAGACUGGCGGCCGCGCUCGUGCUGGCCGUGAUCGGCGUCGAGCUGGUGGUGACGAGGGCCGUGCCGCAGUUCCUGCUCGCCAUGGCCAUCGGGGUGCCGCUCGUGCUGCUCCACGCCGUGUUCCGCGUGCGGGACGAUCUGACUGCCAGCGGCCAGGAAGCGGCGAGCGCCGGUGGUGGCGAACUGGGGCCGAUCUUCGAGAAGAAGGAAGAUCUUGAAUUGGGCUCUCAAUUGCACAUGAAAUACAGAUUCUAUACUUCAUAUGGUGGAGAAUAUUGUUGGUGGUAAUAUAGCAUAUCACAUUAGUGGAGCAGCAAGUACCAUUCGGGAGGGCUAGAGGACUGUGUGAUGAGAUCAUUAUCGAAAUCAAGUGCAACUCUUCACACGUUCAUGUUGCUCAACAGCUCAUCGAGGAAUCUGUGGUGGGUGCCUAAUGAACCUGCAACCAGCAGUUAAGGGGAACUUGGUACAUACUUGAGAUCGAGUUACUCGCAGUUGGCCACCCCGGCUUCUCUAUUAUCUAUCGUCUUUACCGCACAAUCCUAUACCAGCUAUGGUUCCUCUGGCUACGGGAAUCGCAGCUUUUCACAACAGGCUCUAAGAAGAGGGACACAGAGAUUGAUUUCCUGCUUUCAAUUACGAAUUUGUUGGAGUUUCUGUUUGAACCACUUGUUCAAGACCUGAACGCUUGCUGCAACUCUGUAUGUGACCUUACAGCAAUUGCAGCGUCGUUUGUAUUCGAGUAAACGCUUAACUUCGAGCUGCUAUUGGUGGCUUCUUCUUGCAGUAAACGCUUAACGUUUGCCUCC